AUGUAUAUCGUAGAUACGACCGUAAGAGCGGCGCAACUGCAGCGGGCCAAGGCCGGGCGACGCGGUCAAUAUUACGUACACUACAGUCUACAGUACACAGUACACGGCACAGUGUAUACCCCCUCGCCGCCCGCCCCGCGCCGCCCCGCGCCGCCCGCCCACAGUUGCCAGGUGUCCCGCUUUCAGCGUUACAACCCGAUGACAUGCUUUUGUUCUUACGAGACU